GAGUUAGACACUUCGCGAGGACAGCGAGCGCUUCCCCGAGGCCCUGCUACACCGGGCGGGUAACCACAGCAACGGGAAACAAGCGGCGCGGAAGGCGAGCGGCAGGAGCCAAAAUAAGGUUUUUACUUUGGAUUAGCUGUAGACUUGUUCUUCCAUUGACUGAAUGCCCACUUGCUGCUGAUCACAGAUGGAGCGCAUCUUUUGGUUUAGUUGCAUUUGAAAGGAAUUCAGGUUUUGCACAUCCUGUUACAUUCUGCAACAAAAGCAGUUAAAAAAAAAAUUGUGAUUCAGAAGAGAAAAACAGAAGAAUGAAAAUAAGAGAUAAAAUAUUAAUACAGAAAUACUUUUUAAACAUCUUCAAUGGAAUUUUCUUGGUUCCGGGUCUUGUGCUUUUGCAAUUCGGCCUGUGGCUUUUAUAUGACAGAAACAAUUUAUUCAGUGUGUUAUUUUCUUCAGGUGACAGUCGGCUAGUAACAUAUAUUUCUUGUAUGUUCCUUGGAGCUGGAUCUAUUAUAAUUUUUACAUCAGCCAUGGGAUUCCUUGGAAGUGUUAAGGAAAUCAAAUGUCUACUAGUUAUAUAUAUGAGUUUUCAAAUCCUGGUGUUUGGCACCCAAUUUGCAAUAUCAGUGCUGACAUUUGUGAAGAAAGAAGAGGUCCAUAAUCAAUGGAACAACAGAAUUGAUGAAGUUAUUUCUGAAUACGGGAAUAGGAGUCUGGCUGAGAAGGAACCCGUGUGGAACAUUCUGAAUGCAGUGCAGCACGAUAUGGAGUGCUGCGGAAGAUACAACAUCACACAGUGGGAUAAGAAUAAAAAUAAAGGAAAUAGUACUGAGAUCCCAUGUUCAUGCACAAAAUCUAGUCUGAAGAAAUGGUUUUGUGAUGUCCCAAGGAAUUCAACAUACUAUAUGGGAUGUGAAGAAUAUUUAGAUACAUGGUUUGAAAACACCAUUUUGAUCUUAACUGCAAUUAAUGUUGGCCUGCUAAUUAUACAGAUUUUUGUGAUCACACUAACUGCUCAGCUGUUUAGAAAUAUCAAGAAGGAUCAUAUUUGGCCAAAUGAAUCCUAACAUCUCCUGAGUGUUGCUGUGGUGCUGAGUGAUCUGAUUUCUGCUUGUGAUACUCAACAGAAUUAUUUCCACUGAAAUUUGGGGAUUGGACCCUCCAUACUGUAAUCACUACUGUAUCAACAUUUAGAACUUAAUGUGUGAUUUUAUUGUUGUGGUAUGGCAGUAUGCUAUAAAGUUAUGCAUA